AUGGCCUCACGGUUGACCUGCUUUCUGUUGCUGAACCUGCUUCUGCUGGGUGAGUUAAUAAUCCCGGGGAGAGCAGGGGCUGGAGCACAUCAAGGACAGUUCCGAAUGUCGCCAAAGAAAAUGGACGCCAAAGUUGGCCAGAAGGUGGAGCUGACAUGCGAAGUGCUUUGGACCACUUCGCAAGGAUGCUCUUGGCUCUUCCAGAGCUCCAGCUCCAAACAACCCCAGCCCAUCUUCAUCGUCUAUUUACCUUUAUCGAACUCCGGGAAGAAGUGGAACGAUAAACUGGAUCCGGAAUUGUUCUCUGCCAAGAGGGAGGAGAAGACCAAGUGCAUCCUCAUCCUGAACAAAUUCGUCGAGGAAAACCAAGGCUACUAUUUCUGCUCAGUCACCAGCAACUCAGUGAUGUACUUCAGUCCUCUCGUGCCAGUCUUUGAGAAAGUGCACUCUACUACUACCAAGCCAGUGUCGCGAGCUCCCACACCGGUGCCCCCUAACGGGACAUCUCGGCCCCUGAGACCAGAAGCUUGCCGGCCCGGGGCCGUGGAGGAGACGGGAUUGGACUUCGCCUGUAGUAUUUACAUCUGGGCACCCUUGGCCGGACUCUGCGGGCUCCUUCUGCUGUCCCUGGUCGCCACUCUCAUCUGCUACCACAGGAACCGAAGGCGUGUUUGCAAGUGUCCCAGACCCCUAGUCAGACAAGAAGGCAAGCCCAGACCUUCAGAGAAAUUUGUGUAA